AGUGGUAUGCUACAGCGGGUGAACUUGCCAUAGGAAUUGUUCGCUUGGUGAGGAGGGUGCAUGCGUACAAGCUGCUCAUUCAAGCAAACAGUGCCCAGAGCUUAAAAGAGCCUCGUUUGGACCCGGCGGUUCAGUUCAGCUUGAUAACUCACUGAGCUCACCCAACAUAUGUCGCUGUCUCAUAUGUUGUUGGAUUACACGAACUGCCAUCAUGAAUGCAUACGUUACACUUGGAAUUAUAUUGCAUCUUUCUUAAUGGGAUUAAAAACCGUGGACAAUACAUUUCCGGAGGGACUGAAGCUCUUGGCUUUCUCCUGGGAAUUUCCGAGUGGGUUUUAUCCUGCAUAAAGGAUGGAAUUAAAGCGAUUGAAGAAAGUUUGCAUUUUUUAAGAGCAGCUCUUGGUUUUGGAGUCACAACAUGGAAAGAUAAAGCAAGUCCAACCGAUAAAGAAGGCUAACGUAUUCGGAAUUAUAAAGGGCGAGGAAAUGCACGGAGCCUGGGUUCUCCUGAUCCUGAUAGAAGAAGGCUUUGCACUGGCACAGAAAACUAAAGGGUCUCAGAAUGCAGGUCAGACGACGAAGACCUCGGCUCAAUGCGGCACCUGGAUCCGAGAAACCAACGGAGGCAUGUUCACCUCCCCCAACUACCCCAACACCUACCCGCCCAACAAGGAGUGCGUUUACAUCCUGGAGGCACGCCCCCGUCAGAGAAUCCAGCUGGCCUUUGACAACACCUACUACAUCGAGCCGUCCUUCGAGUGCCGCUUCGACCACAUCGAGGUGCGCGACGGCCCGUUCGGCUUCUCGCCCCUCAUCGACCGCUUCUGCGGCCCCAAGAGCCCGGGCGUGGUCACCUCCACCGGACGCUUCAUGUGGAUCAAGUUCACCACCGACGAGGAGCUGGAGGGCCUGGGCUUCCGUGUCAAAUACGCCUUCAUCGCAGACCCAGAUUUUCGUCUCCACAUGGGAGGAAUAUUAAAUCCAAUUCCAGACUGUCAGUUUGAGCUCGGAGGAGCGGAUGGCAUUAUCCAAUCCAGUCAGGUAGAGGAGGAAGAGAAGAUCGGCACCACUGAUGCAGUGGACUGCAUCUGGACGAUACGUGCUCCACCUCAAUCCAAGAUCUAUCUGCGCUUCCUGGAGUACCAGAUGGAGAACUCCAACGAGUGCAAGAAGAACUUUGUGGCGGUCUAUGACGGGAGCAGUGCCAUAGAGAACCUGAAGGCCAAGUUCUGCAGCACCGUGGCCAAUGACAUCAUGCUGGAGAGCGAGGUGGGCGUGGUCCGGAUGUGGGCGGACGAGAGCAGUCGACUGAGCCGCUUCCGCAUGCUCUUCACCUCCUUUGUUGACCCUCCUUGUUCCAGCCACACCUUCUUCUGCCAUAGCAACAUGUGCAUCAACGACACUCUGGUGUGCAAUGGGGUUCAGAACUGCGUUUACCCCUGGGAUGAGAAUAACUGCAAGGAGAGGAAGUCCAACGGGCUUUUCCACCAAAUCACCAAGACGCACGGCACGGUCAUCGGCGUGUCCGCCGGCGUGGUCCUGGUCCUGCUGAUCAUCUCCAUCCUGGUCCAGAUGAAGCAGCCGCGCAAGAAGGUGGUGGCCCGCAAGCCCGUCUUCAACAAGUCGGGCUUCCAGGAGGUCUUCGACCCUCCGCACUACGAGCUCUUCUCCUUGCGCGACAAGGAGGUCUCCUCCGACAUGGCCGAGCUCUCCGAGGAGCUGGAGAGCUACCACAAGCUCCGCCGCUCCUCCACCGCCUCCCGCUGCGUCCACGAGCACCACUGCGGCUCCCUGAGCUCCGCGGGCAAGCAGAGCCGCACCACGCUGGGCUCCAUGGAGCUGCCCUACCGCAACGACUUCUCCCAGCCACCGCCCAUGAAGACCUUCAACAGCACCUACAAGAAGAGCUGCUACGGCUACAAGCAGGGGCGCGACUGCGCGGAGCAGGUGAUCGAGGACCGCGUGAUGGAGGAGGCGCCCUGCGAGAUCUACGCCCGCGGCAGCGCCCGGAGCAACGGCAGCGACGGAGUCCAGCAGCGAUCCAUGUCCAUGGACUUUUGAGCGGGAGGAGGAGGAGGACUGGAAGGAGGAGGAGGUGGCAGAGCGAGAGGGGAUGGCUCCACGUCCUCCUUUCCCCCUCGUGACUCCCACCUGUUCCUGUACAGGACGCGUGGCGGGGAGGCCUGUCCACCGAAGGCCUCCGACGCGUAAACCUUCCGGAAAAAACCGAGACGAUGGUGUUGCAAACCCACGCGCCUUCUCCGUUCAUUUCAAUCACAUGGUGCUUGCGUGCGACGCAGUUAGGCUCGUCAUGAUUCAUUUCUGUCAAUUCGGUUUUAAUCCUGCAAAAAUAAAAGUCGCAUUGCUUCUUGGCUUUCACUUCAGGACUUGUAAAUUGGGUAAUUUGAUGAACUGAAUACGCUUCUGCGGUAAUGGUUUUAUUAAGGAUUCUGAUACUGUUUUCAGGAGUUUCUGCACUGGGGCUCUUACAUUGGAAGAAAGGGUGUGCACAGCCUGCUAUAUACACUCAGUGAGCACUUUAUUAGGUAUUUAUUCAACUUAUUUUUUAGACUUAUUAAGUCUACUGCUGCUGUAGCCUAUCCACUUUGAGGUUUGAUGUGUUGUAUGUUCAGAGAUGCUGUUCUGCAUACCACUGUUGUAAUGCAUACUUUUUUGGGUAACUGUCACCUUCCUGGCAGAUUUGACAGAUCUGGCCAUUCUCUCAUUAACAAUGCAUGUUUUUGGAUGUUUUUGGUUUUUCACACCAUUCUCUGCAAACUCUAUAAACUGCUGUGUGUGAAAACUCCAGGCGAUCAGCAAUUUCUGAGAUUCUCAAACCUCCUGGCACCAACAAUCAUUCCAUGGUCAAAGUCACUUAGAUCACAUUUCUUCUUUAUUUUGACAUUUGGUCUGGAAAACAGUGGAACAUCUUCAUCAUGUCUGCAAGCUGUUCUGCAUUUAGUUGCUGCCACAUGAUUGGCUAAAUUUUUUUUUUUUAACAAGCUGGUGUACAGGUCUACUUAAUAAAUGCUCACUGAGUGUAUAUCCUGGACAGACAUCCUCCUUGUUCCUGACUGACACGGAUGGAUAUGCUCUCUCUGCUCUUGUUUUCAUUUUGAUUAAAAAAUAUGUGCUCACUUA